AUGGGAAUUGGACAAUUUCAUCACAUUCCCUCACCUCAUCCUCCUCCUUCUCCAAUCUCCAUCUCCUCCCCUGUGAAGCCACCGGCCGGAGACAAGUCGCACCCCACAGAAACACCGGCGAGCUUCAACCCCACAGCUAAGGCACCCAAUCCAAAGAUGACAGAUGGAUUAGGUUUGGAAUGCCAAGUUUGUGGCUUUGUGGGAUUGGAUGAUGGCUCUGAUGGUUUCUUUUACUGUCAAAGAUGCGGUUCUCAAGCUGAUGGAAUCAGGGAUACAACUGUUGAUGAUGAUGAGAUGCUUUUAACAAAGGAAAAUGUUGGUGGAAUUGUGCAAAGACGUGUAGCUGUGGUCAAACCUGAACCUCUCUCUCAAUCUCAACCCCCUUCACAGUUUUGGGAAACUUUAAGGACCCAAGAGAAUGAUGAUGAUGAUGAUGGGGUGGGUCCCACUGAGCCUAUUGAUUUUGGGAGAGGGACAAGAACAUUGAGUUAUGAAGAUUAUUAUUCAGAAAUUAGGAUGAGGUAUGUAAUGGGAGUGCAGAUCAUGAUAGAGUUGCAAGUUAAGGCUUUGGUUGAAAAAUUCAACGUGUGUCCUAUAAUUGUUGAUAUGGUGGAGCCUAUUUGGUUAAGAUUUGUGGCAUCCACUAAGCUUUUCAGUGAUGAUUGGGCUGAUGAGGUUAUUAAUGAAUCAGAAUCUCAAGUACAAGGUGAAACAGAAGCUGUUGCACCAAAUGCCAAACACAAAUCCGAACCCCAUAACAUACUCGGAAAACGAUCCGUAAUGAUAUGGUAUAGAUCCGUAAGCAAAACAAUACCCUUACCAUAUUCUUUAGCCAUUUCUUUUUUACUCUGCCACCUGGCACGAGAGCCAAUUCUAUCAACUGAUAUAGCAAAAUGGACACUCGAAGGAAAACUUCCGUAUUUCACAGCCUUUCUUGAAAUAGAAAAACAAAUCGGAUCUCCAACUAACGCGUGUCCAUUAAGUUCAAGUCGUAUGUUCAGACCAUUACAUUGUAUUUCUAUUCAGAAGCUGGAAUCAUUAGCUGCUUCAAUUGCUCAUUCCAUUAGAUUGGAAUUACCUCCGGUCAACUUCUAUGGAAUUGCUGCCCGGUAUCUCGGGCAACUGUCUCUUCCAGUUGAGACCAUUCUCCCUCAUGCUUCCCGGAUUUAUGAGUGGUCAAUGCCACCCGAGCUUUGGUUGUCUGGAAAUGAAUUCCGGCUUCCUACACGUGCUUGUGUGUUGUCUAUUCUUAUUUUUUCAAUUAGGAGUCUUUAUAAGAUACAUGGUUUUGGGAAGUGGGAAAAGGGUUUGGUGAAGAGAAAAGACGGAAAGGAAUCUAAGAUUUUGGAUAAAACAGCGGAAUCGGAAUCGGAAUCGGAAUCGGAAUCAGAAUGCAAGAUGUCGUCUCUUUCUAAUAAUCUUGUUUCCGAGAGUUAUGAUAAGCGACUACCGAAACAAUCGAACUUGGAUGAUACAGAGAUUUUACUUUUGCUCGAGUCAAAAUACAGUCAACUCAUUGAUACAAGUGUUGAUGGUAGGGAUCUUGAAACGUAUCUUGAAUAUUGCAAGAAUGUGGUGUUUGCUGGUGUGGAAUUGUCAUUUGAGGAUCAUGAAGAAGAUCAGAUAAUAGAAGAUCUUUGGAAUUAUUAUCAUAAAGAAGAGGAGGAUCACAAGCCAUCAUCUCCAAGCUCUAAUUGUGGUUCCCACAAGAGACCUUUUGAUUUUUCCGAAACCAACGUGAAGAAGCUCAAGAAAUCUAAAGAUGACAAUGAUGACAAAAUUAGCAAUGAGACCCAAAAAGAAAAGGCAAUAAGACGAAUGAUAUCAAAUAUGGAAGAAAAAAGAUUUUGUUAUAUUCCUCCAAGGACUAAAAUUAAAAGACCCGAUGAUUAUUUACAUUAUACAAGGAAAAACGAUGAUGGAAACUAUACUUAUGCUUCACAUGCGGAUUAUUAUAUUUUAUUAAGAUCAUGUGCAAGAGUGGGUCGACUCGAUGUUAGGGUUAUGCAUGGUGCAGUGUUGAGUUUUGAGAGGCGAUUGGCAUGGCUUGAGAAAAAUAUUGAUCAAUGCGUGAAAGAAAUGCCUAGUUUUCAAAUGUCUUGUGAGCUUUGUCCACAAGAUGAUAUGAAUGGUGAUGAAUCCAUGGAUUUUUCUAAGUUAAACUUGUAACAUUUUUAUGUAUAUAAUGAGAAAGUUGAGACUUGAAACGUUUGGCUACAAUUUAAGCCCUUCAUGGUCUAAAAUCUUUUAGGACCAUUUUGGAUUGAAUUUGGAACACAAAAAUAGUCUAAAAUCUUUGGUAUUUUGGUUUCAAAUGGUUUACAUCUUUGUUUUUAAACGCUUUAUCUUUAUGAAUG